AAUAAAAUCACUUUAAACCAAAUUCACACCAACAAUCCACCACUACCAGUACCACUCCAUCGAAAAAGUCAAACGAACGAAAUUCAAAUCAUGCCAUCAAUCAGAACCAUUGGAGAAUUUGCAUGGCUAGCAGUCACUCAUCCUAAAGAACUAAAGGCCGUAGUGAAUUACAAAAUCUGGCACGAGCCAAGAAGUAUAGAAGAUGAUCCAGAAGCUUCUCGAAUUCAUUAUAAAUCAAUGAAAGAAUGUUGGACAUUUCUAGAUCAAACCAGUAGAAGUUUUAGUGCAGUCAUCAAACAAUUAGAAGGAGAAUUAUCGAGAGUAAUUUGUAUAUUUUAUUUAAUUUUAAGAGGAAUGGAUACGAUUGAAGAUGAUAUGACAAUCGAAAUUAAAUUAAAAGAAAAGAUAUUAAAAACCUUUUAUCAAAAGUUAGAAGAACCAGGAUGGAGAUUCGAUGGAUGUGGACCGGAUGCCAAAGAUCGACAUCUUUUAUUAGGUUUUGAUUCAGUUAUCGAAGAAUUUCAACUCUUAGAUCCUUCUUAUCGAAAUGUGAUCUCAGAAGUUACAGCAAGAAUGGGUUCGGGAAUGUCACAAUUCUCACGUAUGGCAUACGAAAACCAAGGAAUAUUUUCAAUAGAUACGAUGACAUCUUUCGAUUCAUAUUGUCAUUACGUAGCAGGAUUAGUAGGAGAAGGAUUAUCUAGAUUAUUUGCACAAUCGAAUAAAGAAGAUUCCAUGAUAGGACAUCAAUUAACCCUAAGUAAUUCAAUGGGACUCUUACUACAAAAGACCAACAUUUUAAGAGACUUUCGUGAAGAUGUAGAUGAUGGUAGAAUGUUUUGGCCUAAAGAGAUUUGGAAUAAAUAUGUUGAACAUCCAAAAGAUUUAACUAAACCUGAAAAUUUACAAAAAGCACGUUGGGCAUUAACUGAAAUGACAAUAGAUGCCUUAAGUCAUUCAACUGACGCAUUAGAAUAUAUGACCAUGCUUAAAAACCAAUCAAUUUUCAAUUUUUGUGCAAUUCCUCAAGUCAUGGCGAUCGCAACACUUGAAAAAUGUUUUGAUAAUCUUGAUGUAUUUCAUAAAAAUGUGAAAAUUAGAAGAAGUAUGACAGUAGAUUUGAUGAUGAAAGCUGUUAAUCCAAGAGAUUUGGCUUACAUUUUCGUUGACUUCACUCAAAAGAUCCAUAGUCGCGCACGUCCAGAUGAUCCUAACUAUCUAAAACUCAGUAUAAUCGUAGCACAAGUAAGUCUACACUCUCAAAUCUACCAACCCUCUAUAAUUAUCUUCCAACCUUUGACUUUUCUCAUCUCCGUUUGGUUUUUCUAG